UUCGACAGUGUGGCAGCACCAUUAACUAAACAUCAGACACCAGACAGACACAAUAGUAUAGAAGAAUUUUAGGUUUUUUUUUUCAGGCUAAUGUUAAUAUUGUUAUAGAAAAACGAACAGCUGCGGUUACAAAGAGACACACAAUCAUCACAUACACAAGCACACACACACACACACAAACACACACACACACAGACACACACACUAAUAAAAAGCACGAAAAAUAACUAUAAUUCGCCAAGUGUUGUGUGUUUGUUGUUAAUGCCAAUCGAUGUUGUAGUACCAGUAGCUGUGUGUGUGUGUGUGCGCGCAACGCCCGCCCGCCCCUCCCGUUCCCAUAGCCCAGAGCACAAACCUCCUGCAAAACAUGGAAAGUGAGAAGAUUUUGAUGGCCGCCGGUGUUACGGUCGCCGCGGUUGUUGGUGCAUUUGUCUUCUGGGGACCAUCGGGUUCCCGCUUGCGUCAGCGUCGCGGCCAAAUCGCCGGACUCCACAACUUUGGACGCACCUGUUUCCUGAACACAUUGCUGCAGGCGCUGGCUGCCUGUCCGCAGUUCAUUGCCUGGCUGCAGCUGUACAAUGGCGCGACGCCGGAUCGCAAGAGCCUGAUUAGCUCGAUGCUGAGCACCUUGGAGGUGGUGAAUGGCACGCAUGCGACGCUGCGCGGUGAUCCCCAUUCACCGGGCGCUGUGCUGCGCGCCUUGAACACAUUGGGCUGGGUCAUACCGCAGGAGGAGCACGAUGCCCACGAGCUGUUCCAUGUGCUGCUCUCGUCGCUGGAGGAGGAGGCAACACGGCCGCAACAAGUGGGCUGCCUGUCGGACGCACUGUUGCCCGUUGCCGCUGGCAUCAAUCCGAACAACGGCAGUGGCAAUGGCAAUGAUACCGGAGAUGGUUUUGGUGCUGCGUCAGCGGCAGCUGCUGCUUAUCGCACGUGCAACAUGGCCGGUGUCCAGCAGCGCAUUGGAGAUCAGCCGAAUCGGCCAUCGAGUGCCAUGCUCUCGGAUUUUCUCAAUAUGGAGUACGAUGAGUCGACCAGCCUGCAGCGUCUGGUGCGCUCCGAGGCGCACACGCCCGACUCACCGGCCUCGGUGUGCGAACGCGAAACAGCCGAAAUUCUGACGCCGUCGGCUGGCGGUGCCUCCUAUCUGGCCCAUUCGCCGUUUAGCUAUCAAUCGGCCAUGGAGUUUAUGGAGCCGCAAACGCAGCCCCUGCCCGCUUCACCCAUACUGGGCGGCGAGCGCUUGUCGCGUCCGCGCCAAACCCAGGCCCAGACCCAGCAGCUGCAGCUGCAGCAGCAGCAGGAGAAUCACAGCGAACGCCUCAAUCGACGCGUGUCCAGCUCGUGCCGCUCGCUGGAGCGUCUCAAUCGCGGACCCGGACGCGUCUCCAUCUGGUCAAGCAUGAUGCCCAGCCAGGUGGCGCAUCCGUUUCAAGGCGCCAUGGGCGCACAAAUUGUCUGCAAUGGCUGCGGCUCCAAGUCCGCCGUGCGCUACGACAAAUUCGAUAGCGUCACCUUAAAUUUGCCGGCACAACGGCGCUCCGGCCUGAGCCUGGGCCAUUUGCUGAGCGAGUAUAUCACCUCCGAGGAUCUGAGCGAUGUCAAGUGCGAUUCAUGCAAUGAGACAACCAUGCACACCAAAUCCGUGACCUUUGCCAAGCUGCCGGCCUGUCUCUGCAUACACAUUGCGCGCACCGUUUGGCUGCCCACCGGGCAGGUGUGCAAGCGUCAGGACUAUGUCCACUUUCCGGAGAGCCUCUCCAUGGCGCCAUACAGCUUUGUCCAGCCCCAUCUGAACAGUCAGGCGGGCACUCCUUGGGGCUCGACCAUGUCGCUGUACUCCACCAGCCUGCCGAUGAACAACGGCGGCGGCGCCGGCGGCGAGGGAUUCGGUGCGAUGUUUCCCAAAAACCUCUACCGCCUGCUGGCGGUUGUGGUGCAUUCGGGUGAGGCAAACAGUGGACAUUUUGUUACCUAUCGACGUGGUUCGCUGCGCAAUGCGCAUCGAUGGUUUUACACGUCGGACACGAUUGUGCGGGAGGUGUCCAUUGAUGAGGUGCUCAGCGUGCCCGCCUAUCUACUCUUCUAUGAUCGCGGCCAGCAGCGACAGCUCCAAAUGCGCUGAGCAUACACAAUCCCCGCUUCCCGCUCCCUGCUCCCUGCUCCCUGCUCCCCGCUUCCCGCUCCCUGCUCCCUGCUCCCCACUCCCCCACCGUAGAACCAGCUGGUGGUGUAGUUGUUACGUCGGCCUAGUCAUUUUUUUUUUUGCUCUCGCUCUCAACAUUGUGUUGGAAACUCAGAUUAUUAUAUGAUAUAAUAAUUAAAACGGUGGCCAUAGAAUCCUAUUCCAACAAAAAAAAAAAAAAACAACAACAAAAACAAACAAAACAAAAAGGAAAGCCUUUUAAGGAACUGCAAAGAAAACGGUCUCAGCAAGCACCAAAAAAACACACACACACACACACACACCUGCGUUAAUUUUAGGGCAGGCCUUAUAUGCAUACAAUAGCUACAACUAAUCAUCAUAUAUAUAUAUAUAGAAUUUUGUUACAUCAAUGCAUUUAAAAAUUUUUAAAUUGAAUUUGAAAUUCACAUCAUGUGCUUUUUAGAUGUCUGUAUUUAGCGAUAUAGAUUCAAAAAGAAAAACACAAAAAUAAUUGUGCUAGGGGUAUUACCGUAAGCAUGAAUCGAUAAUAGGUGUACGGUUUUUUUUUUGUUUACAUUUGUUCCAAUCUGUUAUAUAGAUGUACUUCCCGCUCCUAAUUGUUUAGGGGUCCGAAUUCGUGGAUCGAUCGUUGCGUUAUAAUCGAUCGCUAUUUGCAUUUAUCGCUUAUCGUGUUGCAAACAGAAUACCCUUGCUCCCAAUGACAACUAUGUACAUGAUAUAUCAUUAACUAACAAUCGCCCAAAA